AUGCGGUGGUUUUCGGUGAAACAUCCGUGGAGUAUACCACAGGUUGCUCUUUGUUUGAUUAUGCAUGCCGUAUAUGUUAAUGGAAAAUUGAAAGGUCGUGUUUGUGCUUAUGGUGACAUUGAUCGCGAUUUAUAUACUGAUAUCAUUGUCCAGGAUCAUGAUCGAUUGAAGACUUACUUUCAGAAUGAAAAUGGCGAAUUUUCCGAAGCAGGACAAAACAUUAACCUGGGGUCAUCACAGAUUGUUUCAUGCGCAGUUGGCGAUUUCAAUGGUGACUCAGUGCCUGAUAUACUGGUUUCGAGAAAAAUUCCUAAUGGCAAAAAAGGUUAUGAAUCGACUGUGUACAUAUUUUCAUAUAGUGCUUACAAACCAGUUCUUUUAAAUGCAACGUUAUUGGAUGAACUAGCUGUGAUGGAUGUUAAUGGUGAUGGUAUCAGUGAUGUUGUGGGAUUUCGGAAUAACAAGUCCUUAUUUUGUCAGCUGGGCUCAGCGGGAGGAAAUUUUUCAUCUUGCGAACAUUUUUUCAGUGGAUUUGAUAAUAAACACGAUAUUAUCCCUUAUGAACGCUUUUUGCAUUCCUUUGUUGAUAUAAAUGGUGAUUUAAGUGCCGAAAUAAUAUUUGGUAUCAAAAUUAGCAACCGUUUAAAGAUGCAAGCAUGGAGAAGAAGAUCAAAUGAAUUGUGGGAGUUAGAUCAUGAGCUUAUCGCUGAUUUACCAGUUGAAUCAUGUCCUACCAAUUACUUUGGUGCCGUAUUAUUUGCCGAUUUUGAUGCUGAUGGAGUUGUGGAUAUUGGUUUACCAUGUUGUGCUGAUGCAACAUGUCGAAAAGUGGUAGUUAUCAAUAUGUGGAAUCAUUAUAUCGGAGCAUGGCAAGAUUUCCAUAUUACUGGUCUUGAGGGUUCCGAUCUGGUAUCCAAAAAAGAUGAAGGAAAUGUUGUUUUUCGUGUUGGAGACUUUUCACUGGAUGGUUAUCCUGAUUUAAUUGCACUUGUUCGAGAGAAAACGCAAAAUCCAAUGAUCCUGGAAAAUGUACCAUGCACUGAUUGUAUUUCUAAUGCUUCCAGGAGAUUUGAAUUGCGAACAAGUCCCAGGCUUAUUCAGCCUGCUGAUGUUUCCUUAGGUCAAAUUCAGUUAGCGUCGUUUUUUGAUCUGAAGGAGGAUGGAACUCUUGAUGUACUACUUGAAUAUAAAGAUGUUGAUCAGAGUAUGGCUGUUGACUUCAUCAGAUGUGAAGAUAAAGGUGAUACAACGUUCCUGAAAGUGCAAGUAUUUUCAAGCUCAUGUGAUCAGUUCUGUGGUUCUACGAAGACAAAAAUUGGUACUCCACCUUUCCACUAUUUACUUUUCCGUAAAUUCAAUGAUAAUUCUAAUCCAAGGACCUCUAGAGCAGUGUAUAAUAAGUCAGCUUCACUUUUUUAUUAUGAUUUGUAA